CGUUGAAGAUCGUUGAAAGAUGAUCAUAUUUUGGAUGAAUCUUUCGGUGUUUAGAAUUAUCCUAUAGAUGCAGUACAUUAAAUUUGAUCAAAUUUUCUAAGUGUUUAAAAAGGAAAAAAAAAACAGGAAAUCUUUGUGACAGUAAAAGAAAAAAAAGAAAAAGAAGAAGAAUAUGAUAAUUACAGAAGAAAUGUUUUCGUUGAUAAAUUUGCCAUGAUGCAAAUAGUUGGAAUCAAAAUUGAUAAGAAUAUAGCUUGGUGUUGACGAUGGCCUUCGCGCUCUUUCACGAUCAUAAACUUCGGUCAGUGAUAUUCAUUCGACUUUAUCCGAAGGAUCAUAACUUCUAAAGAAGACAUUUGGAAAAGAACGUAACGUCGUUAACAUUUUAUAGUAAUCGUACACAUAUCAACGUGGGAGAUAAUCAAAUUACACUUUCUGUCCUUCGUAUAUGGUCUCUAUAUGAUAGUAAAAAGACUCUUGAAAUGGGCCUGGAAUCCAAAAAAGUUUUUCGUACUGGAACAAAGGGACAAACCACCGCCAUGCCUCGUCGAUAACAAUCUUGGUACUCAUUCUUACGUGAAGAUCAAGGGUGUAAAAUUCCAUUAUGUAGAAGCAGGAGAUGUAGGAAAACCUCUUCUCUUAUUGUUGCAUGGUUUUCCUGAUUGCUGGUUAUCUUGGAGAGAACAAAUACCAGCUUUAGCAAAAUAUUAUAGGGUUGUGGCUAUUGAUUUGAAAGGUUUUGGUGAUAGCGACAAACCAUCUAAGAAACGUUACUAUAAGAUUGAAAUUAUAAUAGAUGAAUUAAAACAAUUUAUUUCAACUUUUGAUGUAAGAACGUGCAGUAUAAUAGGUCAUGAUUUAGGUGGUCUUCUGGGAUGGUACAUGAUUGCCUUACAUGGAGAUAUAAUAUGUAAAUUUAUAGCUAUUUCCAGUCCACAUCCUAAUUUAUAUUGGAAUAAAAUAUCUAAAAAUGCUGUGUUCGAUGAAAAAUGGGUGCAUUUUAGCAGAUUACCAAUUUUACCAGAAAUAGAUGCAUUGAAAGAAGAUCUAUCAAUUAUUAAUGAUACAUUUAAACAUCUUGAAGUAAAUAAUACAAACAAUAAGAAAAAUUAUGUAGAAGCAUAUAAAUAUAGUUUUAGCAGAAAAGAAGACUGGACUGGAGCAAUAAAUUAUUAUCGCAAUCUUCCUUUUACAAGAUUAAAUAUGGAUGUAAACGAGCAACAUUUUACAAGAACAUUACUGAUAGUUGGUAAUGAAGACCCAUCUGUAACGAUUGAAAGUAUAGUUCAAAGUUCAGAAUAUGUGGAAAAAUUUAAUGUAAAAGUAAUUACUGGAGCACAUCAUUUUCCACAUCAAGAAAAUCCAGAUGCUGUCAAUAAGGCAAUUAUUAAAUUCUUGAUAGGCACUUUAAAUAAUUUAGAAAAAAGUUCAUCUAAAAGUAUAAUGUCGUCUUGGCUAGAUUCAUUAAGUAGUACUGUUAAAUAUGGAAAUCAAAUUGUUGGUGCUGUACACAAAAAAACAAAUGGAGUAGUCAACGUAUUACCCAAUAAAAUACUUUACUUAGGUAAUUCUACAAAUUAAAUAAGUAAUGUUGUACCUAUACAUAAAAAUUACAUUAGCGAUGUUAUAUGUUUUAAUAUUCAUAUAUCAUAGUUAACAAAAGGCUGACUUAAUCAUAUUUAUUUUUAUAUGGAAUGUAUACACUCAUUUCAUAAAUCAAAUCUUAUGAAAUGACUAUUAGAAAAUCUUGUAAAAAUAUUAUUAAUUUUUAUUUACUUAUGAUUUGUAUAUACAAUUAUGUAAAGAUCUGUCUUAGGUAGCAUCAAAUAUCAUGUCAUUUAUAAAAAAAAUAUUGUAAAUUACAUACACAAUGAUGUAAUCUAUAAAAAAACAUCAUAUAUGACAAUUUAGUAUAAAUAUACAUUUUUCUAAUAAGAUAAUAGAACUCAGGUGCUAAAUAAAAAACAUGAUUAUUUUUAAAUGCUUAAAAAUAAAAUCUUUAAAUGUAACUAUAUUGUCUGAAAUGUUGCUAGUAAAAUUAUAUACCAUUUUAUAGAGUAAGAAAUAUUAACAAAUAUAUUUUAAAUAUACAUGAAUAUAAAUAUUUUUGUAUAAAUAUUUUUCUAACAGAACUAUUCUAUUUUUUAAAAUAUUCGUCAUGAAUAUAUUCAUAUUUUAUUAUAUAAUCGAGUUUUCAAGUAUUGCAAUAUUUUCAAGACGUACUUUGUGUAGAUAUUUUCCUACAAAAAUAUCAAAAUAUAUUACAGUAAAAUAAAAAAGGUAUAUAUACGUAUAUAAACAUUAAAUCUCUUUACUAUAUCAUCGUUCAUACUUUCCAAAAUUUUCACCAUCCUCAAUGGUCUCAGGUAAUUCACAAUUCAUUGUUUCUGGUAAUAACAAACAGAGACCAGCUCCGAUUAAUUGUCCUGUUCCAAAUAUAACAGGGGGCAACCAAGGUUGAAUUUUAUUCUACAAUUAUUAAAAACAUAUAUAAUUAAAAAAGAAUAUGUUAUACGAUCGUAUUAUAUAAGUAGUGCGUGCACACGCACAUGUGUAUGUAUGUAAUAUAAGAUAUUGAAAUAUACAUUACCACAGUAGCAAUAUAUGGUGCAAUUAUACUUCCCAAUCUUGCGCAAACACUACCUACACCAAUUCCGUUGUUUCUAACAACAGUAGGAAAUAUUUCACUACUAUAUAAGUAUAUGGUUGGAAAACUAAUAGCUGUUCCAGCAAUUCCAAUACUUGCUAAACAAAGUUGUGCAGUAGGAUGAUUUAUUAUUAUAGUUAAAAGUAAACUCAAGCCAGACAAAAAAUUGCCUCCCAUCAAUAUUUUUAAACGAGAAACUCUUGAUAUCA